AUGGGCACCGGAGUGCCACGUCGCCUUGACGUGGUGAUCGUAGGAGGAUCCCUUGCAGGCCUUUGCGUUGGCGUCGCCCUGAAGACACUGCCGGAAGUCGGUUCCAUCACCGUCUUAGAACGUCAACCCUCAAGUCAGUUGCAAGACCAAGGAGCUGGCAUUCGCGUUGGAGACGAAGUCGCCGAGUUCCUCCAGAGAUAUGCAAAUGCAUCCAUGAGUUCUUAUGGAAUUCCGCUCAACUCCUUCAAGAUUCUCGACCAGGGAGGCAAAGUAGUCAUCAACAAAGACGUCGUCAGCAAUUGUGCGACCACGUGGAGUCAACUGUUCCGUGUGUUGAUGCUCGCAUUCACGGAGAAGAGUUGCGACGACGUAGCAGCGACCAAGUAUCGAUAUUCCUGCAACGCAUGGAACGUAAUUGAACGCGACGACAGAGUGGAAGUCCAAUUUGUCAACGGUGUUGGAAAGGAGGAGACAUUGCUAGCGGAUCUCGUCAUCGGCGCAGAUGGCGCCUCGUCCAAAGUGCGCGAUAUCAUGUUCCCAGAUGCGAAGCGAACCUAUGCCGGGUACGUGCUUUUCCGUGGCCUCGUGCCGGUUGAGGAUCUUUCGGUUGCCACGAUGCAAGUGAUGGACUUAUCUGGCACGAUGUGCUUCAAUCGAAACGCACAAAUGUUCUCCUAUAUUGUUCCAGCAAACAAAGUCGGCAAUCCGGACUCUCACAAUCACUUCAACUGGGGUUGGUACAUCAGGAAGACGGAGGAAGAAUUAGCAGAGUUGAUGACAGAUGUGAAUGGCGUCAGACACUUAUUCACACUGCCACCAAAGGGCAUGUGCAGGCAUUUAGCUGAUGAGAUGAGGGCAAAGGCGCAGGAUGAGCUCCCGCCACAAUUCGCAGAAGCGGUGGUCAAGACCAGGGAUCCAUUCGUUCAAGUGAUCACGGAUUCUCUGGCGCCGGAAAAUCUCUUUUGGGGAGGUAGAGUUAUACUUCUCGGGGACGCUGCUGCUGGCCAGAGGCCUCACACAGCCGCAGCCGUUACCCAAGCCUGUCUGCAUGCACAGUUCCUCAAGCUCCACUUGCAGGGUCAACUAUCGCGGGACGACUGGAGUCGGGAGGUGCAGCUUGUGUCUUCAACAUUGGUCUCCGCUGGUCAGGAUCUCGGUGCAAUAUGUCUUUCCGAGACCAUCAAUCCAAGCGAAAAAGCCAAGUUAUAUCUAGCAAAGUUUCUGGCGGUACAGACAUUGCUGAAUGAGAGAUGGAGGCUAUUUUCUUCGGAGGGGAAGUGA